AUGUGUGCAGCGAGCGAUUACCCUGCCGCACAGGCUAUUACCGCUUAUGCCGCCCCCAUCGCUGCCGCCGCCCCCGGUAUCCUGGGAGUAGCUUAAUCUGCCGCCCCCGCUGCAUANGCCGCCCCAGCUGCAUACGCUGCCCCAGCUGCAUACGCCGCCCCAGCUAUUCGUGCCGCCCCAUUGGGAGUCGCCUACUCUGCCGCCCCAGCCGUCGCCCACCUGACUUUCUCUGGUCUGGGUGUGAAUUACGGAUGGCAUUAUUACACUAUUCGCAGUGCAAAAAACAUCCAACAUACAAUGGCAUACAAACUUAUCGUCCCGGCAGCCCUGGUGGCUGUCGCCAACGCCGGCAUCCUGGGAGCCCCCGCCGUAGGCUACGCUGCCGCCCCCGUGGCGAUACACGCGCCCGCUAUCGGUGCCUCCCAUCAGAGUACCUUCCGUACCCUAGACGGUAACUCCGCUGUGUCCCACUACUCGAAGGCCGUGGACUCUGCCUUCUCCAGCGUCCGGAAGUACGACACUCGCAUCAGCAACGACGCCGUCGCUCUCGCUCACGCUACUUAUGCUGCCCCCGCCGUCGCUUACCCUGCCGCCCCAGCCAUAGCUGCACCCCUUGGUGUCGCAUAUUCUGCCGCCCCUGCAGUCGCUCAUCUCACUUUCGACGGAUUUGGUGCCCAUUAUGCUUAUUAAACCCAUCUUAAGACAACCGGGCAGCGAGGUUUCAUAAAAAAUCUGACACUUUCAUACCCCUUCAGAUGUUCCCGUUAUUUAUAUCACCACGACAUAAUAAAAUUUACUGAAGGCAAAACGUGUUUUUAGUAGUUCUGGACAUAAAUUUCUGAAAACCUAUUUGUUAUGCCUUGUUUCCUGUUCUCCUGCAAUUAAAAACAGCUGAUUUGCAAUACAAAAAUUCAUACUACAUACUUAUAAUUCAUUUCAGAAUAAUGCCCGAUUUGAAACAGUUCAAAAACAUAUCAGAUAUUUUAUAUACUGGUUAGCUAAUUAUGAUUUCCGUUCUAGGGAGU